AUGCAAACAGGGUGUAAAUAUUCAAAUCAUGCUCUAGACUUUGCUUUAUCUCUGUGGACUACUGGGGUUUCGAUUAAUCCAUGGAAAAAGUCCUUGUUAUUUUGAAGUCCAUUUCUGUGGGUUCUUCAAUCCUCAUCAGUUGAAACUGCUGGAAUUUCAGGGUUUAAUGAUACGAGGACUAUGACUUAGUGGAUUUGGUGCUUUAAGCUCUGUUAAGUAACCUAACUGGUUUUUGAUCCAUUCUCUAUUGUGGAUUUUGAUGGAUUUCUUGAUGGUGGUUCAUAGCAAGGCCGUUUCAACUGUUAUUAGUGUUUUGCUUUGGCUGUUGAUUAGCUGUAGUUUGAGCUAUGGUCUUCAGGGUGAUAUUGAUUGUUUGAAGAGCUUAAAAAGUUCUGUAGAGGACCCUUUUGGUUAUUUGAAUGCUACAUGGAACUUCAACAACAAUACUGAUGGGUUCAUUUGUAGAUUUACCGGCAUUGAAUGCUGGCACCCAGAUGAGAAUAAGGUUUUGAACAUCCAGCUUUCAGAUAUGGGGCUCAAAGGUAAGUUUCCUCGAGGAAUCCAGAAUUGUUCAAGUUUGACUGGCUUAGAUCUCUCAAACAAUGAGCUCUUUGGGCCAAUUCCAGUUGAUAUUUCCAAAAUAAUCCCGUUUGCAACUACCCUUAAGUUCUCAUCAAACAAUUUCUCUGGUGAGAUCCCAGAGAACCUAUCAAAUGUUACCUACUUGAAUGUCCUUAACCUUGACCAUAAUCGGUUAACGGGUCAGAUCCCUCCAGAGCUUGGUCUGCUGUCCCGACUUAAAACUUUUACGGUAGCUGAUAACCUGCUAACAGGACCAAUCCCACUUUUCCAGAUUCCAAUUCCGGCAGAUAGUUUUGCAAAUAAUCCAGGACUCUGUGGAAAGCCUUUGGACCCUUGCAAGUCAUCUGCAACGAACACUCACACUGUCAUUGCUGGGGUGGUAGCUGGAGGGGCAACAGUUGCAGCAAUACGCGUGGUUAUUGGUCUGUACUUUUAUCACCGUAGAAUGUCUGUUAAGAGGAAGAAGGAUGAUGACCCAGAAGGAAAUAAGUGGGCAGAGAGCUUGAAGGGAGUCGAGGGCAUUAAGGUUUCCUGCUUUGAGAAGUCAGUUUCUAAAUUGAGAUUAAGGGAUCUCAUGAAGGCCACUAACAGUUUCAGUAAAAAUAAUAUCAUUGGGUCAGGAAGAACAGGGACAAUGUACAAAGGAGUGCUUGAAGAUGGCACUUUCCUUAUGAUUAAGAGAUUGCAGAAUUCACAACGCUCUAAUAAAGAAUUCUCAUCUGAAAUGGCUACUUUGGGAAGUGUGAGACACAGUAACUUGGUACCCCUUUUAGGUUUCUGUGUGGCUAAGAAGGAGAGGCUUUUAGUUUACAGAUACAUGCAGAAAGGUAUGCUCCAUGAUCACUUACAUCACAUGGGUGUCGGUGGCAGUGAUAUGGAGUGGCCUUUGAGACUUAAAAUUGCUAUAGGAGCUGCCAGAGGAUUUGCAUGGCUUCAUCACAGCAGCAAUCCUCAUAUACCUCAUCGAAAUAUAACCUCGAAGUGUAUCUUGCUUGAUGCAGAUUUUGAGCCCAAAAUAUCUGAUUUUGGUCUUGCUAGGCUCAUGAACCCAAUUGAUACACAUCUAAGCGCAUUUGUGAAUGGUGAGUUUGGGGAUUUGGGUUAUGUUUCCCCUGAAUAUACAAGAACUCUAGUCGGGACUCCGAAGGAAGAUGUUUAUAGCUUUGGAGUCGUACUUCUUGAGUUGGUAACUGGUGAGAGACCUACCCAUGUGACAAAAGCUCCUGAAAGCUUUAAGGGAAAUCUGGUAGAGUGGAUUGCAGAGUUAUCAGGCAAUGGCAAACUCGAAGAUGCCAUUGACAAAUCUUUGGUUGGGAAGGAUGUUGAUAAUGAGCUUUUCCAAUUUCUUAAAGUUGCAUGUAGAUGUGUGUUGCCAGCAGUUCACAAGGAGAGGCCUAGUAUGUUUGAAGUAUACCAGCUUUUAAGAGCUAUUGGUGAACAAUGCAAUUUUACAGCUGAGGAUGAAAUUAUGAUGCCUGCAGAUUCUGGUGAUGCUGAUAAGUUAGAGGAACUUAUUGUUGCUCGAGAAGUUGAGGAGUAAGAAUUGAAAAAGGUAUGAGAAAGCACAUUAGUGUAUCAUUGUAUGUUGGCAUAAUUUAAGUGUAGUUAUUUAUUUUCAUGCGUGUCAAAUAAGUUUUAAAUGAAAUGUAUUUUUUGUG